AUGGCGGACGCGUCCAUCUUCAGCUCGCUCUUCUUCUUCGCGACGAACGACGGGCACUGCCAGGACAUGGAGCUGGUCCGCUCCCACAUCUCGCCCGUGCUGCUGCCGCUCCCCACGCCCGUCCGCAUGUCCCUCAGCUCGGAGUGGCUGGUUACGUCCUGCCGCCUGGAGUGGCCGGCGCUGCCCCGCAUGGAGCUGGUCCCCUUCCUCCGCCAGUUCGUCAAACUGCACGUCAAGCUUACCAUCCAGUUGAACUCGAUGCCGAUGGUGUCGCCGACGAUCUUCUGCAUGACCCACGCCCCGUUCUUGGAGCCGCCCUUGGCUGUGUUCCACGCGACGGAGCUGCUCAUGAGGCCCUUGGCCACGGAGCUUGACCGCUUCCACACCACGUUCUGCAACCUGGAUAUUUGCUCGCCGCUGCCGACGGUGGCGCCCGUCUUCGUAGGGAUGCCCUUCCUGCUCUUCGUCUCCUUGUUCGUGAAUGGCGGCGAGCGGCUCGCCGCGCUCAGCCCUCCGCUGCCGCCGACGGUGGCGUCCAUCUUCACGACGAACCUCUGCCUGAACAUGCUCCUGAUGCGCCUCGUGUUGAGGCUGCCGCCGACGGCGGCGAACACCAGCAUGAAGAACUACUGCCUGAACCCGUUCAUGAUGAGGCCGACGGUGGCGAUAAUUUGCAAGAUGUGCCUCUGCCUGAGCCCGCUCGUGGUGUGCAUCGUGCUGCCGCUGACGCUGACGGUGGCGAUCAUCUGCUUCAAGAACUCCUGCGUGAGCUCGUUCGUGAUGAGCUUCCUGCUGCCGCUGCCGCCGCCGGUGGCAACCAAUUUCUUCAAGAACGUCUGCCUAAACCCGUUCGUGAUGAGCUUCGUGCCGACGCCGCCGCUGCUGGUGGCGACCAUCUGCGUCAAGAGCUUCAGCCUGAACCUCAUCGUGAUGACCACCGUGCUGCCGCCGUCCCCGACGGGCCUCCGCAUGAACCUGAUCGUGCUGACCAUCGCGCUGCCGCUGCCCCCGACGGUGGCGACCAUCUGCAUGAAAAACGUCGACCUGAACCCGUUCGUGUGGAGCCGCUGGCAGCCGCCGCCGCCGACGGUGGCGACCACGGCUGGGCUGCCCCUGGUGCCCCGUGUCUGCGUCGAGCCGAUAUUCUCCGCCUCCGCCGCUGCAGCACGGCCCUUGCUGGGCUGGCAGAGUCCCUGGUGGAUCCCGACGCCGCCCUUCAUGAUGCUGCACGUUCUGAGGCCUGCGGAGCCUCCCGCGGCCGCGGCGGGCGAGCGGGCGGGCCGCCCGCAGGGGCCCCAGGCCGGGGAGGCGGCCGCGCGGAGGGCAGAGGAGGCCGCGCGCCGGGUGCGCCUGGCCGAGGCGAGGGAGCUGCGCCUGGCGGAGGAGCGGCGAGCCGCGGCGCGGCGCAGGGCCGAGGCGGCGGAGCAGCGGCGGCGCCUCGAGGAGGAGAAGCGCAGGAGGCAGAGCCGCCGGAGGGAGGAGGCCGAGCGGCGAGAGCGGCAGAAGCUUCGGGAGCGGGCGGCGAGCCUCCGCGACAGGCAGGAGUGGAAGGCGGCCAAGCGCCGGGCGAGGGGCGCCAGGAGGGACGCGAAGGACGCGAGGCGGCUCAAGGCGCUCUCGCGCGAGGUGCAGCGUGCGGACCAGCGCGCGGCCGACCUGCGGCAGAGCGAGGAAGAGGCAAUGCAGCGAGUGAAGCAGGAGGAGCAGCGCCUCGCGGCCAGCGGCGCGGCAGCCGCAGCACCGGCAGCUCAGAGGCAGAGGGCGGAGGUAGUGGAGAGGAGAGCCGCUGAGAGGCAUGCUCGGCUCGAGGCCGUUGCGAGGGAUCGGCAGAAGCUCAUGGACAAGUGCGCCAAGAUCCGCGAGCGGUCGAGGUACAAGAAGGAGAAGGCAAAGUACAAGGACCAGAAGUUGAGCGCCAAGACGUCCAGGAGGCUGAGCGCAGUGGAGCGGGCGCAGCGCAGGCUGGAGGAAAAGUGCGCCGCGGCGCGCGAGUGGGAGGAGGAGGCGAGGCAAAGGCGCCAGACUUCGGAGGAGCAGCUCGCAGCCCGGACGAGGGAACACGAGCAGGCCCAGGAAGAGAGGCUGUUGAUUGCCUCUGCCAAGCGGCUGGAGAAGCUGAGGCGGCGCGAGGAGGAGGUGGAGCGCAAGAAGCAGGAGGCCGACGAGAAGGCCGCGGCCCGCCAGCGCCAGAAGGAGGAGACCGAGCAGCGGCGGAGGGAGCUCGCGGAGAGCGCACGCGCCGAGAAACAGCGCAGGCGAGAGGAAGCCGACGCCGAGAAACGCGAGCUGGCCCGGCGGAAGCGCGCAGAAAAGAAGCGCAGGCAGCAGGCGGCCGCGGACGUCGGUCGGGAGGAGUCGGCGCCCGCCAGGCCCGACGGAGGUGCUCCUGGCACGCCCGCGCCUCUCCUCAGCGAGACCGCUGUUGCUGCGCUGCUGGGCGCCGCAGGCACUGCAGGCUGGGCCUCGCUCCUGGCGCUGGCGCUGCGCCACUGCCAGCGCCGCCGCCAGCGCUCUGGCGACACCCCAGGCAACGUCGCCGGCGCGCACAGGCGCGUGCUGGCCUUAGCGCAGCGGGCCAGGCCCACCCAGCGCUGCGGCUGGCCACAGAGCACCGGGCCCCCACUGCGGAGGGCGCUGGGCGUCGGCGAGCUCCCAGCCAGCGGGCUUGGCGCUGCACCCGGGCGGCUGGCGGGAGCGUCGCUGGGCGCCCCUCGGCCCUCCACGCCGCCCGAGCGGCUGCACGCGCCAAGCCACGAGGGCGCGCCCAGUGGCGGCUGCUCGGGCGGUACGCUGCCGCGGCUUGGCGGCCCAGCGGCCGGGCCGCUCGCGAGCGCUGUGCUGGCCGAGGCCGCCUCGGGGACGCCGCUGCGGAGUUCCCCGCGGUGGCACUCGCGCCAGGCGAGGCUGAGUGCGCCGCCGAGGGGGCUUACGAUUGAUGGCUGGGACGCCUUCUUCGACGAGGCCAGGCCUCCCCAUGUCACCAACGGGUGCGAGGCGGUUGUGAGGCGAACUUCGUCGGGCGUGCUACCCAGUGAGAGGUCGUGCUUCUUCAUCGGCGACGACGAUUCGGCUGAGAGCGCGGGCCUCGGCAGCCCCACCGCCGAUCCGCCCUGUCCGAGUAGUUGCUCGGCCAGGUGCGCGCCAGAGACUCCGAGGGACUCCUCCAGCGAGGAAGUUACCGUUGGCCGGCUACUCAGCAGUCCACCGUCAUCGCGGCAGCGUGAUUUGGCCACCUCUUCGCUCCGCGCGCCACCACAGGAAGCGCCAGAUGCAGCAGGUUUUGCCAGCAGAACUCCCACGCCAACAGGCACAAUCACCGCGCACGGUCGCCGCCGGUGGCGGUCGCACAGGACUGGAGUUGCCGCCGGGAUUGAGCCAAAUGCACACUCAGUGAACCGCCCAGAGGCAGCCAGCUGGAGGGCUAUGGUUGUGGUGUCCAGCGCCGUGGCGCCGGCCCGGCGCAGGCGUCCGCGAGCCCCAGAGGUGCUUGCUUCUCCGCCUGCGUCGCCACCAGCGCUCGUGGUCCAACAUGGCCCUGGUAUCCCGCGCACCCCGCUGGGUCUGCCUGCGCUGGCGGCCGCUCCGUUGGCGCUGCCAGCAGAAUCUCCCCCAGGGCCACCUGAGCUGGCGGCCGUGCAGCUUGCUCCGCUGGCACCGCCGGUGAAAGCAUGCCCUGGUCGAAGCUCCGCAUCUGUGUUGCCAGGCAUCGCUCUGCGAAGCCCCAGGAGCCCGCCGCUGCGACCCAGCAGCCCUCGACUGGACGCCUCGAGGCAGUGGCCACCUGGCUCCCCAGAGCGCGCGGCCUCGCCGCCGCGCGGGGCGCCGGCUGGGCCGUCCGAACCCUCGACGAGCCACCUCCGGCAGCCCAGGUUGCCUUCCCCUGCACUGCUCGCGGCCAGCCCCGGGCGGGCGGGGCCCAGCGCCCCUGGGCCCGAGGAGCGGGCGGACGCGCUGCCAGAGCCCGGGCCGGAGCCCGGCCCGGGCCUCGCAUUCGAGCGGGGGCGGCGCCCAUCACCGGGCCACGCCCUCGAGCGAGGACGGCGCCCGUCGCCCCGGCGGCCCUCGCCCGCGCAGGAGCCCUGCCACGCCUCGUUCUACAUCGGGGGCGCCUCUACCGACGAGGAGCCGCCCUCCGCCGAGGCCCAGGGGCCCGCGAGCGAGGAGGCGGCGACUCUCCCAGGCCACGCAGGGCCCUCGGAGCUGGUGCUGCCCGCCUGCCCUGCCGCCCUGCCCUCGGCGAUGCAGAGUGAGGUGGAGCGGGCGAAGGCGGCGCUGUGCAUCGUGCGGCUGGCGUGCGUGGAGCUGCACGCCUCCACGAGGUUCAGGGCGGCCACCGCGAUGCUCCAGGGCGCCGCGAGCGCCGCGCUGGGGAGCCCGGCCGCCCCCAGCUUCGCGCUGGAGGGGCUGCUGCAGCUGGCCGACGCGCGGGGCGCGAGCGGCUUCAGCGUCGUCCACUACGUGUGCCUGGAGUGCCGCAUGGCCGACCCCGGCUUCCUGCGAGGGCUGCUCGCGGAGCUCCGCCACGUGCCGCUCGUCGCGAAGGCCGCCGGGACGCUGGCCGGCAUCCCAGAGCAGGCCUCGGAGCUGGAAGGGGUCGCCAGGGCCGCCCUGAGCGAGCUGGCCGUGGGCUGCGAGGAGUACGGGGCCAGCAGCGCCUCCGCGGCCUCGCGCAUCCGGCUCGUGGCGCUGGCCACGCGCGCCGGCGCGGCCGCCCGGUCGCUGCGGCGGGCGGAGGAGCGCACGCGGGCGGCCGCUGCCGCCUGCGGGCACUUCUUGGGGCAGGAGGGCUCCGAGGCAACCGCGGGGCGGGGGCUCGACGUGGGCGCCAUCGUCCUCGCCGGGGCUCUCCUCCAGCGGUUCGAGCAGGCGUGGCGCGAAGCCGUGCCGAUCUCCUCGAGCAAGCGGCCCGAGCAGGCGUGAGGUGAUCGAGCAGUUCGAGCGGCAUCUGCGGAGCCGGAUCCGACAACACCUGAGGCCGCAGGCUCGUUCUGCGGCCUGAGCUUUUUUGCGCCACGGUGGGCGCGUCUCAUCCUCCUCCUCGUCCUCGUCCUCCUCCUCGUGUUGCCAAGAGAGCAGGCCCAUUCGAUCCCCUUUUGCUCUGCCGACUCGAACUCGUCAGCUCUUGCCUCCUUGCAGGCUGUCGCAUUGCCCCUCGGCGGUGCUCGACCAUGGCGGCAGCGGCCGCGAUGAUGAGGACAUGACGUGGCCCCCCUUU